AUGGAAUCAACAUCACAAUAUGACGAGUCUCGUCCUGGUGCCACCCUACCUGGGGUGGUCGGACACCAGAGGACGGCGGCUGGGAGUGGUUCGUCCCAGAAGUCGUUAUCAAUAACCACGGAUAAUGCGCAAACGCAAUGGAAAACAGCACCAAACGGAGACAAAGAUACGGAUAGGAACACUACGGCACUGAACACUAAAACACAGGAGUCAACCAAAGGGGAUAGCUUCGAGCAAAAGCUGAGAAAUUCGGCAACUUCUGGCAACAACGAAGUUACCCUUGAUGAGGCGAACGCCCGCUUUCUUAAACACUUACAACAGACGUAUAAGCUGUCAAAGGACUUGGAUGCUGAGGUCAUCGCCGCCCCAAACACAAAGCGUGAAAUAAAGGCACUUAUUUUACAGCUGUCGAACAGUGUAAAAGGGCUGAUCCAAUGGGGGAGACACACGGGCAAAGUAAGUGUCCCAACCACAAGCAGGGGCAACCAAACGGAAGUCGAUAAAUGCAUGGAGCGAGUAGAGAUGAAAACUACCGGGGCUCAGACAUAUGCUAUCAAAGAGAACGCGGCGAGCGCAGGGCAGGUUCCGGAAGACACAGUCUUAUCACCGGACCGCUCUCGCUUCGAGAUUCCUGCUGCUAUCAAGGGACUCCGACAAAUGCUUAAAGCGCAGGGUGAAGCCGUUGGGAAGUUGACAGAGCAAGUAGAGAGGAUGCAAAAUCAACAUCAGCAACAACAGCAGCAGCAGCAGCGUUCGACCAUGGGAAAAAGCAACAUACCCCAGAAGAAGACCACGAAGAGAACAGAACCAGGGGAGGGAAACCAGCAUACUGAUGGAAGAAGUGGUGAAAAACCGAAUAGCACACAAAUUGAAUCCCAAGGGCAACAGCAGCACCAAAAAGAUGACACUCAUAACGACGAAAGAGAAUCGGAGGACGCCAAGGACGACGAAGGCUUCACCGUCGUAAACAACAGGAAAGCCUACAAGAAACAACCUAAGCGAGUUGAGGCGCUAAAUGACGAUAAGAGUCGGAAAACUCCCCGUGCCUCAAAGAACCAAGCAAUAGUCAUCAACCGUCCUCCAGGCAAGAAGUCAUAUGCUGACACGGUACGAGAAGUCAAAGAAGUGGUGGAAAGGGAAAAACUCACAUAUGACAUAAUAACCCGUAGAGCUAAAUCCGGGAAAAUUAUACUGGAAAUUCCUGAAAAGGAGCACGCAGACCAUCUGGCAGAAGUGUUGAAAAUAAGGAUGGGCGAAGCGGCGGGCGUCAGGCGUCCAUCACCGAGCAUACCUCUAAUUUUCAUAGGUAUAGAGGACUCAUUAGACGAGGCAGAGCUCAAAAGUGCCCUAGUCGAACUCGAUGGCGACCUUAAGGACGCUAGCGACUUCACUAUCCGAGAAGGAAGAACCGGAAUAAGAACCGCCAUAAUUAGAGUCCCACUUAAAGCCGGAACCAAGCUAAUUCAUGCAAAGCGGAUCAAAGUUGGAUGGGCAUACUGCCGGAUCAAAGAAUUCGAUGCGAGAGAGCAGGCUUGCAACAGGUGUCGUGAGAAGGGACAUACAGUCAGAGAGUGCACUGGCCCCGAGAAAAGGAAGUGCUAUCGAUGUAAAGAAAUAGGCCACACGAUCGCCAACUGCAAUAAACCAGAUGGCAGAGUCGGACCGAAGCCUAAUCCUGGCGAACAACAGAGCACUGCAGCGCGAGCAGAAGAAAAUCUCCCGCAAAAUGACCACUAG